AUGCAUUUCCAGAAGCUCACUGGCAUCUGCCUCUUGGCAUUUGCCUCAGUCUCAUGGGCUGACGCAACACCUGAAGGACGAUACCUAUGGGGAGCUGACCGUAUGGGCAAGAUGGUCCGUCGUGCAACUACAUCUACCAGCAGUGUAUCCUCUUCCACAUCAUUAGUCGCUGAUGCUGCUUGCACGAACGGGCCCAACUCUCGUCAGUGUUGGAGCAGUGGCUUCAGUGUCAAGACGGACUUUGAUCAGAAGCAUCCUGUUACCGGAAACACCGUAACUUACAACCUCGAGAUUACAAACACAACAUGUAACCCGGACGGCAAUGGUGCCAUUGAGUGCUUCCUCAUCAACGGUCAACAACCUGGGCCCGUCAUUACUGCUAACUGGGGUGACCAAGUCGUUAUCAACGUCAAGAACUCCCUUCAGAACAAUGGCAGCAGUUUCCAUUGGCACGGUGUCAGACAACUCAACAGCGUGGGUUCUGAUGGUGUUGGUGGUCUUACGGAAUGUCCCAUUCCCCCAGGCGGAAGCAGAACGUACACAUUCCUUGCAACUCAAUUUGGUACUUCUUGGUACCACAGUCAUUACUCGUCUCAGUACGGUAUGGGUGUUACUGGCACUAUUGUCAUCAACGGUCCUGCUACCUCCAACUACGAUAUCGAUCUUGGUCCUUUCCCUCUCAGCGAUUGGUACUAUGGUCUCGCAACUAGAGUUAACGACAUCACUCUCUACAACCUUCAGAACAAUGCGCCCCCGCCAAAUGGUGACAAUAUCCUGGUGAAUGGCAAGGGUAUGAGUGCCUCCGGUGCCGGAGCGUAUGCUCAAAUGACCCUUACCAAAGGCAAGAGACAUCGUCUGCGAUUGAUCAACACAUCUGUCGACAACGCCAUCCGUGUCAAGCUCGAUGGUCACAAUCUCACGGUCAUCGCUGCCGACUUCAUUCCCACUAAGCCCUUGACUGGCCAAGAUUGGAUCCUGCUUGCUGUUGGUCAACGAUACGAUGUCAUCUUUACCGCCAACCAGACUCCUGGCAACUACUUCUUCCGCGCCGAGGCAGCUACUGAUUGUUUCAGCGGCAACAACAAGGGUGGCCGUGCUCUGUUCACUUACUCAGGAGUAACAGCUGCCAACCCUACCGACAGCAACGAAGUUCCUCCUUCAAAUGGCUGCACCGAGUUGAACACUGUUCCCUACUGGACCCAGGCCGUUGACCAGACUCAGUACCAAGCUCAAGUUAAGACCCUAAGCACUGGUGUUGCACCUGGCCUUACCACCAACGGUCAGAACUUCGCCCUUUGGCACUUGGACACAACCGCCAUGAUGGUCAACUGGGACAAGCCCACCCUCCAAUACGUCUUCGAGCAGAACACUAGCUACCCCGACCCCUACGCCGUCAUCGAGAUCCCUACAGAGGGUACAUGGACCUACUGGCUCAUUCAGAUGGGCCAGCAGAACCCUCUACCUCACCCGAUUCACUUGCACGGACACGACUUCUUCGUUCUUGGUUCAGGUGCUGGUGUCUUCGAUUCGAGCACCGCAAACCUCAACUUUGCCAACCCUCCUCGCCGUGACACUUCUAUCCUUCCCGGUCUGGGUUGGCUCUUGAUUGCCUUCCCAGCAAACAACCCUGGAAUUUGGCUCAUGCACUGUCACAUUGCAUGGCACAUCUCAGAAGGUCUCGGUGUCCAGUUCAUCGAGGCCAAGAACUCGAUCCAGAUGCCCGAUCAGAGCCAAUUCAACUCCCAGUGUGAUGCUUGGAGAAGCUACUCAAAGGACAUGGCUUACCCUCAAAUCGAUAGUGGUCUCUAG